UCUAAAUCCACUGAUCUGACGGCCCUUCUUCAUCGCCGAAUACUGAACGCUCGUUACAGUUUCUUGUUUCGACUUAUUGGCGCCGUCGGGUUUCAUCGUCGGCGGCUGAGUUGACUGUGUAAACAACCCCCUGGCCUCUUGGAUCGCUGCGAAUUCGGUUUAAGUUGGAGGACUGUUUGCGAUGGCCGAGAUGGCUGGGAUUACGAUAGUUUUCGACUUCGAUCGGACGAUCAUUGAUGGCGAUAGCGAUAAUUUGGUGGUGACGCGAAUGGGCCUCACAGAUCUGUUCAAUGAGCUUUACUCUUCCUUGCCUUGGAACUCUCUCAUGGAUACCUUGAUGGUGGAGCUCCAAUCUCGAGGAAGAACUAUGAGGGAUAUUGCUGAAUGUCUGGAAGGGGCUGCGUUGCAUCCACGAAUUGUUGCUGCUAUUAAAUCAGCUCAUUCCGCCGGAUGUGACUUAAGGAUAAUUAGUGAUGCUAAUCAGUUUUUCAUCGAGACAAUCUUAGAACAUCAUGGUGUGUUGGGAUGCUUUUCAACUAUCAAUACGAAUCCUACCUUUGUAGAUGGGGAAGGAAGGCUUAGAAUCUUACCAUAUCAUAAUGAAUCAUCUCCUCAUGGCUGCAAUUUGUGCCCAUCAAAUAUGUGUAAGGGCCUGGUAAUCGAUCAAAUCCGAGCUUCUAAAACCGAAAAAAACGACUUCUUCAUAUACAUUGGAGAUGGGAGGGGCGAUUUUUGCCCGACCCUGAGACUUGAAGAAGGAGACCAUGUGAUGCCUAGGAAGCUAUAUCCCCUCUCCGAUCGCAUCAACUCCAAUCAAACGCUCGUGAAGGCUAAGAUCCAUGAAUGGAGUGACGGGAACGAGCUGGAGAAGAACUUACUCCAGCUCGUAGAUGUAAAAUAAUUCAAUCAAGGAGACACUUCAGGUAAAUAAAUAAAUAAAUAAGGAAAAGGACUUAUUAGACACAAAAUUAAAAUUUAAAUCGAAAGUGGAUGAUUAUACUUACAUUUUAAGCAAUUAAAGAAGAAUAAUUAGGAAUUUUCUCUGUU